AUGUCUGCUACUCUACUAAGACAGCCCUUAAGUGCGGUUUCUCGGCAAAGUAGAAGUUCGAGAGUCUCUGGACUUAACCUUUUGAAACUAAAGGCUCAAUUACAUAGACACCAUUUAUCACCUUCUUUAAUAAAACUACACUCCGAGUUGAAACUGGAUGAGCUGCAAACCGAUAACACUCCGGACUAUGUCCGCUUGGUAUUGAGAUCGUCCGUGUACGACGUAAUUAAUGAAUCACCAAUCUCUCAAGGUGUAGGCUUGUCUUCCCGUUUGAACACGAAUGUCAUUUUGAAAAGAGAGGAUCUUUUGCCUGUGUUCUCUUUCAAGCUUCGUGGUGCUUAUAACAUGAUUGCCAAGCUAGACGAUUCUCAAAGAAACCAAGGUGUUAUUGCCUGUUCAGCAGGAAACCACGCCCAAGGUGUGGCUUUUGCAGCCAAACACUUGAAGAUCCCGGCUACCAUCGUCAUGCCUGUCUGUACACCAUCUAUCAAGUAUCAAAACGUCUCCAGAUUGGGGUCUCAAGUUGUUCUUUUUGGUAAUGAUUUUGACGAAGCCAAAGCAGAAUGUGCCAAAUUGGCAGAAGAGCGUGGCCUAACAAACAUUCCUCCUUUCGAUCAUCCUUACGUCAUUGCAGGUCAAGGUACUGUAGCCAUGGAAAUCUUGAGACAAGUGCGUACCGUUAACAAGAUCGGUGCUGUCUUCGUCCCUGUUGGUGGUGGUGGUCUAAUUGCUGGUAUCGGUGCGUAUUUGAAAAGAAUCGCUCCUCAUAUCAAAGUUAUCGGUGUCGAAACUUAUGACGCAGCCACUCUACACAACUCUUUGCAACGCAACCAAAGAACUCCCUUACAAACUGUGGGUACUUUUGCUGAUGGUACUUCUGUCCGUAUGAUCGGUGAAGAAACUUUUAGAGUCGCCCAACAAGUAGUAGAUGAAGUCGUCCUCGUUAACACUGAUGAGAUUUGUGCCGCAGUGAAAGACGUUUUUGAAGAUACAAGAAGCAUUGUGGAACCAUCUGGUGCUUUAUCAGUGGCUGGUAUGAAGAAAUACAUCUCUACCGUACACCCUGAAAUCGACCAUACUAAAAAUACCUAUGUCCCUAUCCUUUCAGGCGCUAACAUGAACUUUGAUAGAUUAAGAUUCGUUUCUGAACGUGCUGUCCUUGGUGAAGGUAAAGAAGUCUUCAUGUUAAUUACUAUACCUGACGUCCCAGGUGCAUUCAAGAAAUUGCAAAAAAUCAUUCACCCAAGAUCUGUCACUGAAUUCUCCUACCGUUACAACGAACAUCGUCAUGAAUCCUCUAGCGAAGUCCCCAAGGCUUACAUCUACACCUCCUUUAGUGUCGUUGACAGAGAAAAGGAAAUCAAACAAGUGAUGCAACAACUAAGUGCCCUUGGUUUCGAAGCUGUGGAUAUCUCCGACAACGAAUUGGCCAAAUCUCAUGGUAGAUACUUGGUCGGUGGUGCUUCUAAAGUGCCAAAUGAAAGAAUCAUCUCUUUUGAAUUUCCUGAAAGACCAGGUGCUUUAACUAAGUUCCUAGGUGGUUUAAGCGACUCUUGGAAUUUAACUCUGUUCCAUUAUAGAAACCACGGUGCCGAUAUUGGUAAGGUAUUGGCAGGGAUUUCUGUUCCACCAAGAGAAAACUUGACCUUCCAAAAAUUCUUGGAAGAUUUGGGUUACUCUUACCAUGACGAAACUGAUAACACCGUUUAUCAGAAAUUCUUGAAAUAUUGA